AUGAUAAUGCAAAAGAUGGACUCAGAUAAGGAGAUGAUGAAUAUUAGGGAUAAUAAGGUUAAUAUUAUGAAAGAGUUAGGAAAAAUUAGGUAUGGAGUUAGUUGUAAGGUGAAGAACAUUAUCAAGAGAGAAGAAAGUCAGAAAAUCGAACUAAAACAAGAAGUUGAGUUAAUUGAAGUGGAGACUGAUAGAAAGUUGGAGCAAAAUAAAAAAGACUUUAAGGUAGAGGUUAAAAGAAGAAUAGAUAAGAUAGAAAAAGUACAAGACAAAAAGAUAAAAAUGUUUGUAGGCACAGAGAUUAAUGAUAAUCUAUUAAAGGUACAGGAAUUGGUUAAAAAAAAUAUCAGAGGAAAGAGUUAA